AUGAUGCAAGCCAACUCCAAGACAGCGACGCAGCAGCAGCAAAAGUCAAGCACAGGCAUGGCGGAAACGCGGUACCAGGUGCCGUCCACAGCACCCCACUCAGGAAGAUUAAAGUACGCCGACCCGCGGGAUCUACCCAGCUUCCCAUCCCCUGGUCUCCCAUCUGAUGGAGCUGCUGCCGGAGCUGCCGCAUCUCUGGGCUGGGCUAAUCAAAAAUCAAUCGACCUUUGGAAACCCGAAAAGUCAAAUUCAGCAUCUACCGCCGCCAUGCUCGCAAAGGACUACAAGAUGGCACCAUCAUGGGAACCCAACUCGAGCUCUGCCGGGGCCAAGGCUGCUCUGCUAGCAAGCGCCUCAGCAAAGAAGCAGUCGGCAACCAAUACGACCCCUCCUCCAUCCGCUACCGAGUCCUGGGGAAGCAGCGCUGCCAACCAGGCAUUUAAACAAAGCCGCUCGGUCAAACAGCCCCCCCAGACGGCCUCUACCGCCGGCCUUGGCUCACUUUCAGCAGCCCAGAAUGCUAUGCCUGCGAACAGGAGGACGAGGCCACGAGCUAAAUCGACCCCCGUGCCCAAGGAAUCUUAUCCUGGAGAAUCACGAGCUGCUGCCAAUGCCUUGAGUGCCGCCACAGCAGCUCACAGUCCUUCCUUGAAACCAAAGUCCCCCACCGAGAACACUGGUUCAGUACCAUACACAAACCUGCCUCGAAGCAUGUUCACCUCCAAGCCUGCCAUCGGGCCGGAAGAAGAUGAGAAAAAAAGAGCCGAUGUGCUGCACGCCUCUGCAGUGGCCAUGGCUAAAAAGAUGUACAGCCAGCAGCAAAGGAUGGUUGACCAAGCACGAGUUCAUCAAGCUGCAGGAGAGACCAGCCCCGACGGCAGUCAGAGCAAACCAUACGUCAACCUCCAAGAAGCGGCAUACAAACUAGCGCAAGAGCGUCUCUCGAAGCUUCACGUAGAGCACCAUAAGAACCGGGACUACCAGGAGUACUACGGCAGUGGUACCCAGACUACACCUCAGCGGAGGUUCACCAUGAAGGGUAAACUCAGGCGGCGGUCUUCGAGCGAUGGCAACAUCAACGAAGACAAAGAGCAGUCAGAGCGCAUUCGAAGAGAGAUGUCCAUCUUCUCUUCUAGCUUGACCAAGGUCGACGAGCAAAAGCGCGCACAGGAUCGCGAGGCCCUAUUGGCCACCGCCCAACGGAACGUCAAGGCCCGCCUACAAGGUAUGGACGACAAGAUCUCGGCCGAGACCGGCAUGGUAGCUCCCAGUUCAAAGAGCGAUUGGAAGAGCGACUGGGAGUCGAAGGCUCAUAUGGCUGCCAUGGCCAAGCAUGAGUCUGCCAACGUGAAUAGGGGCAAGGUUGACAUUGGCGGAGGGAUGUUCAUGGACCCUGAGGCUGUGGACGAGAUCGCGACAAGAAGAGUCCAGCCAGUGCUGGAUGAGAUCAACGAGAAGGCGGCCAUUGAGCGGGAACGACAAGAGAUGCUCAAGGCAGAGGCGGAAGCCAAAAAGAGGGAUGAGGAGAAGCGCAAGGAGCGUGACAGAGAGGUUAAGGAGAUCAACCGCAAGGUCAUUGCGCAAGAAAAGCAGGAGGAAAAGGAGAAACGUCAUCGUGAAAAGCAAGAGCUCAAGGCCAAAAAGGAAGAGGAAAAGGCUGUCAAAGCGGAGGAGAAGCGCAAAUCCAAGCUGCCCGAGAUUACACCGGGGGAGUCGGCCGUCGCAGCGGAGUCCAGCGAGGUCUCACCGGUGAGCGACGACCAGGGCGUCAACCGCGCAGGCCAGCAGAAGCCCACCAUCAACACGCACAGAGAAAGCUCCGGCAGCGACAACCCACGCUCGCCGAGCGACAGCGGUUCGCCGACCAAUAAGAUGAAGAGCUGGCUCAAGUCGCGCUUCGGACGGCCGCGGGGCCGGUCCGCCGCCGGGGAGAGCGCCGAGGAGCGCGGCUUCAUCGGCGGCGUUGCACUCACGAGGCUCGCGAACGAGAGCGCCACCAGCCUCGAUGCGCGCUCGGCGAGCAUGAGAGAGGUUGCGAUUGCCGGCAAGAGUGGCGAGUCGCCCAGGUCAUCGGCAGCUCAUGAUGGAGACGUAAGCCCCGUGAGUUCUGAUAAUGAGUCGGAGCAUUUCGUCGAGGCGAGUGACGAUCUCGAAGGUCCCGUGUCGCCGCCGGCUGCCAUCCGUGAUCCGAAUACGCACAAGACUCAUAGCCCUACGAGGGACUCGCGGUUUCGAGAGAACCUCGAAUAG